GGAUCGAAAACGCGGGAGUUGGCGCGGCGGAGCCAUGGUGUCAUUGAGCGAAGGGGCCAUUGCGGCCAUAAUGCAACAGGGAGACACAUCCAUAAAACCCAUCCUCCAAGUCAUUAACAUCCGUCCCAUUACUACAGGAAAUAGUCCACCCCGCUAUCGACUGCUCAUGAGUGAUGGGUUGAACACUCUAUCCUCUUUUAUGUUGGCAACACAGUUGAACCCUCUUGUUGAAGGCGAACAAUUGUCUAGCAACUGUAUUUGCCAGAUUAACCGAUUCAUUGUUAACACGCUGAAAGAUGGAAGGAGAGUAGUUAUUUUGAUGGAGUUAGACAUUUUGAAAUCAGCAGAAGCUGUUGGAGUAAAGAUUGGCAAUCCAGUGCCCUAUAAUGAAGGACAUGGGCAGCAGGUAGUUCCUUCUCUAGCCUCGGCAGCCAGUCCACCAACCAGCAAGCCCCAGCAGCAGAAUGGGAGCUCAGGAGUAGGUUCUACUGUAUCUAAGGCUUAUGGUGCCUCAAAGACAUUUGGAAAAGCUGGAGGUGCCAGCCUAGUGAAUAGUUCUGGGGCAUCACAGGCCAAAGUGGUACCCAUUGCCAGCCUCACCCCUUACCAAUCCAAGUGGACUAUUUGUGCUCGGGUUACCAACAAAAGUCAGAUCCGUACCUGGAGCAAUUCCCGGGGGGAAGGGAAGCUUUUCUCAAUAGAACUAGUCGACGAAAGUGGUGAAAUCAGAGCUACUGCUUUCAAUGAGCAAGUGGACAAAUUCUUUCCCCUCAUCGACAUGAACAAGGUGUACUAUUUCUCUAAAGGCACUCUGAAGAUUGCUAACAAACAAUUCUCAGCUGUUAAAAACGACUACGAGAUGACCUUCAAUAAUGAGACUUCCGUCUUGCCUUGUGAAGAUGGUCAUAAUUUACCUACCGUUCAGUUUGAUUUCACAAGGAUCGAUGACCUAGAGAACAAACCCAAGGACUCCCUGAUAGACAUAAUUGGGAUCUGCAAGAGCUAUGAAGAUGCCACUAAAAUCACAGUGAAGUCUAACAACAGAGAAGUUUCUAAGAGAAAUAUCUAUUUGAUGGACAUGUCGGGGAAAGUGGUGUCUGCUACUCUGUGGGGAGAUGAUGCUGAUAAAUUUGAUGGUUCCAGACAACCCGUGAUGGCUAUCAAAGGAGCCAGAGUUUCUGAUUUUGGUGGACGGAGCCUCUCUGUACUAUCUUCCAGCACGAUCAUUGUGAAUCCUGACAUCCCAGAGGCCUAUAAGCUUCGUGGAUGGUUUGACUCAGAAGGACAAGCCUUAAAUGGUGUUUCCAUCUCGGAUCUAAAGGGUGGAGGACUAGCUGGAAGCAACACCAACUGGAAAACUUUGUAUGAGGUUAAAUCGGAGAACCUGGGCCAAGGUGACAAGGCAGACUAUUUUAGCUCUGUGGCAACAGUGGUGUAUCUUCGCAAGGAGAACUCUAUGUAUCAGGCCUGCCCAACUCAGGACUGCAAUAAGAAAGUGAUUGACCAACAGAAUGGAUUAUACCGCUGUGAGAAGUGUGACCGUGAAUUUCCCAAUUUCAAGUACCGCAUGAUCCUGUCGGUAAAUAUUGCCGAUUAUCAAGAGAACCAGUGGGUCACUUGUUUCCAGGAGUCUGCAGAGGCUAUCCUCGGACAAAGCACUGCUUAUCUUGGAGAGUUAAAAGAGAAGAAUGAGCAGGCAUUUGAGGAAAUUUUCCAGAAUGCCAACUUUCGAUCUUUCGUAUUCAAGAUCAGGGUCAAACUGGAGACCUACAAUGAUGAGUCUCGAAUUAAGGCCACAGUGAUGGAUGUGAAGCCCGUGGACUACAGAGAAUACAGCAGAAGGAUGAUCAUGAACAUCAGGAGGAAUGCAGCAGUGUGAGCGGGGCAGCCCUGAUUGGGCAGAAGUUUGGAAAUAAAGAGCCGAAAUGAAAUUGAUGUCUUCUCACCCCCUGUGCGACAAUUUCACACUAGCUACAGUGCCUAGAGCCUCUUUAUGGUGGACUAAGCAAUUUCCUCUCUUAUGUGUGUCUCGAAACCCAUUGGUGGGCAAAGGAAAACACGCUCAGAUGGCUGUGGUGUAAGCUGUCAGGCCUACGGGGUCGGCCGGCGGGUAGUGUGGUGCCAGUCGCUCCCUCUCUCUUCAGGCUUUUGUCUGUUUUAUUGAGACUUCAUUAUCUUCAAGCAGGAAUUAUGUCAUGAGUAAUUGACCCUAAAUCUGCAGGCAGUGAAAUAAAUUUUAUAACUAGAGGUUCUGCUUCUCCAGUGGUGACACCUUCCCAGCCUGGGCUCCUCGGGAGGGAGAGCGGGGAGUAACUGUGUGGAACCUGGGUGUUUAGUAAGCACGUCUUCCUAGAAUCCAAAGGCGCCCUCUUUCUAGAGGUGCCACAUAGUUGUUAAUGCCCGGAAUGGCAACAGGGUAGAAUUAUUAAUCAAAGACCAAUCUCUUAUAUCUGAAGAAUAUCCUUCCUUCAGGGUUUAAUAGACCAAGUCUGAUGGGUCUGAUAUUAAUCAAAAUUGUCUCUUCUGAGGAAGGCUGAUAAGCAUUGACUUGCCGUCCCCUAGGGACAUCCAGGCAACUACAAAGCUUUGCUUUAGUUUUCACUUCAACUAAUGUUGCAUUUCAAUGGACGCACACACACUUUUUCUACCUGUACAUAUUUCCUGCAUUUGUGUUUCACUUCUUGAUUAAAGCUGUGUUAAAUAGGUGGGGUUUUGAAGGGAGAAGCCCUUUUUCCCCUUGCUUUGUUUUAAAAAACAGCCUGUUCUUUGCUUCUGAAUCCUGCUUUCUCAGAAUGCAGGGAGUUCUUGUAACUGGAAAGCAAUUAAUUAGCCUUUGUAAUAAAUGUUCACUUGGGGGAGAUGUUAACUCAUUUCAAACUCGAAAAUUAGUCCAAGGCACGGAGAUCAUUCUUCCUAAUGCUUGCAACCCUGAAAUGCAUCUUUAAAAGAAUGAAAACACUAAAAACAAAGCCAUUGUGCCCAAGAAUGCUGAUGAUAAGGCACUUUGGGAUUUUAUUGAUGUUUACACAGCAGUCUAACACCAACCAGGCUUUGAAAUGUGUACAGACAGUGAGCUGGUAAGAAAACAGUAAUUACGGUACUGGGCUUUUCAGUCAGCAAGAGCAUGCUUGCUCUGUGUGUUCCUAAUCAUAUUAAUGAUCUAUCCGGUUGCUGCAACCCACCGCUUGGCGUUCGGUGCACAUCCCUCUCCGAGCACCCAGGCAGCGCUGCAGUCGGCCUAAAGCGGGAGGACCUGGUUUUUGAUUUGGGCAAGUGUGGCCUGUGGAGGCCCUUUGUGGAGCUUUUGUGAUGAUAGCCUGUCAGUUUCAUCCUUAGCUGUCCUCUCAGGAGGAACCAGCGGCUCCAAGCAGGAUGGCUCCCACGGCUCAGAACAGACACAGAGGGUCUUUUUCUCAGGCCUGCUGAUUGUUUAGGCACAUUUGAGUCUCAGAAGAUGGUCACUGGGUUGUACCUGGUUCUCUGGCCAAGGCCUCAGUUUUUCUGUCUGACCUUGCUUAUAAAGCAGUUGCUAGAAAAGUAAGUCUUCAACACUCUUCUGGAUUGGCAAAUUGUGGGGUGGAAGUGAUAAUCUAGCUCUCAGUCUAGUAACCAGCCUUCUGUAUCUACCGCUCCCAGCAAAAGUCCCUCUUCCUCCCACAUGCCUGUCUACUGGCAGUGUUACCAUGACGUGUUUCGAGUGUACCAGUCACCGAGUGUUCUUGGUGACCAUGUGAUGAAAUCUGCAUAUCUACAUGGGUGUGAUUAGAAAUCCACCGGGUGGUUCUGUGGGAGGGCAGCUCCCUCUAGGGAGGGUGUUUAGCAGAUUUCCCUGCUAAAAAUCGGAUCACCAGUAGAGGAGCAUCAGAAAUUGGCUACACUGUUAUGCUUUUAAGAGAUUUGGGUCCCUGAGGAUUGCCUAAAUAGAUUCUGGCCCACAGUCCUUAGAAUUGUCUUGUAUAUAGUUUACUCAAAAGCUGUUCAUGCUGUUCUGUUUCUCAUCUUUCACUUAGAGAUCGAUGUUUAUUUUGCGUACACCAUGACAUCAGCGUUAAGCAAUUAGGGGGAAAAAAUCUAAUCAUUUUGCCUUUAUUUUAAAUGGUUCUUGGAUUCCCUCCAGUCUCAUUGUGAAGGAGGCAAGAAAAAAAAAAAAGUAAUAAUCUGAUUUCUGUCCAUAUUUUUAGUGUUUUAUGCUUUCCAUUAAAGCCUUGCUAAUCUCUUG